GUGGCAGAGAAAUAUCCAUUUCUCACAAAAUCAUGUGCUCCGUUCAAUCCUCUCUCAAAGGAGAAAAAAAGGAAACACCAUUUUCUUAAUUUUUUUUCUCAACAAUCUUCCUCUUUCUCUUAUAUAAUUUUUUUGAAGAAUAGUGUUGUAUUUUUUACAUCAUGAGAAAAUUGAGCCCUAAUUUGGACAAAGAAAAUGGAUUGGAUACAGUUUUGGAGGUUCCUCUUCCAGAAGAAAUGUUUAGCAAAACCGGUGGCAGGAAUGCAGCAAUCAGGUGGAAGAAUAUGCUAAAUCUAAUGCGAGCUGAUAAAUUGCCUGAUCGAUCGAAGGCGGUUGCCUCUGGAAAUAAUGAUCAAUUUAUGUUCUUGUUGAAAAUUGUUGGAUCUGCUCUUAUACCUUUUCAGGUUCAAUUGGAUCAUGCUAUUAGCUUGCCUGUUAGAGAUGGUUGCAUUAAAGCUUCUUCUGCAAAAUACAUAGUACAACAAUAUCUAGCAGCUAGCGGAGGGCAGGCUGCAUUAAAUUCAAUCAAUAGCAUGUACGCGGUGGGGCAAUUGCAGAUGGCAAUGUCAGACAUACAGCAAAGUGGUAACCAGAUGAACUCCAAACGGACAUGUGAGGACGGAGGAUUUGUUCUUUGGCAAAAGAAUCCUGAUCUGUGGUUCCUAGAAUUUGUCGUAUCCGAUUGCAAGGUCAGUGCUGGUAGUAAUGGUACAGUAGCUUGGAGUCACUCUUCCACCAAUUCUAAUGCUUCAAAAGGUCCUCCAAGACCACUCAGGAGGUUCUUUCAGGGACUAGACCCCAGAUCAACAGCCAAUUUAUUUCUGAAUGCUGUUUGUAUUGGAGAAAAGAAAAUCAAGGAUGAAGGAUGCUUUAUACUAAAACUUGAGACUAGCAAAGACAUGUUGAAGGCACAAAGCACAGCCAACACAGAAGUUGUUCAUCACACCAUAUGGGGCUACUUCAGCCAACGCUCAGGAGUUCUCAUCCAAUUUGAGGACACAAAACUAGUAAGAUUGAAGUCAGCGAAAGACAGCAAUGACAGUAUUUUUUGGGAAACAAGCAUGGAAUCAACGCUUAAAGAUUAUAGGUACAUCGAAGGUAUCAACAUAGCACACAGUGGAAGAACUGCAGCAACAAUUUAUAGAUAUGGAAAGAACAUAGACUAUAGAGCAAAAGUUGAGGAAACAUGGAAGAUUGAAGAGAUUGAUUUUAACAUUAGUGGUUUGUCAAUGGACUGCUUUUUGCCUCCUGCUGAUGUAAACAAGGAAAAUGAACAAGAAUGGGAUUCUAGAGCCUCUUUAGCUGAAAAUAGAACUGUAUGCUAAUGUGAAAAUGUUCUUGUAUAUAAGAUAGAUAGGCUGUUAGCUCUUGUUCUUAUUUCCUAAAUAUUGGAUAUU